AUGUCUUCAAAAGUAUCUAAAAAGAAGCUGAAAUCCUUAGAGUACAGAUCAAAAAAGUUUUCCAAGAAAUCGAAGACACUAGAAGAUCAUGAAAAAGAGGUCCAAGAUCGAGCUCUUGCGCAAGAGCAAAAAUUGAACAAGAAAGUCGAAGAUGAAGAAGCACCUAAAGAGUCCUCCAAACCCGAGACGAGUGAAAAGGAUAAAAAAGGAAAGAAACGAUCAUUAGAAAAGGAAACAGAGCCAACAAAAGAAACCCCCAAAAAACAAAAAUCUGACAAGAAGGAGAAGCGGGUUAUUUUGUUUGUUGGAAAUCUGCCCAAAGACUCGGAUGUAGAAACGUUACAAGAACAUUUUAAACGAGCUGGUCAGAUGCCUCGUGUACGAAUUCCUACAGAGAAAGGAACAGGUCGACAGCGGGGAUAUGCAUUUGUAGAGUAUAUUAAUCCCCAUUACGAAGUCGCAUCCAAAGCCCUGAAGUUUCACCACACAAUGUAUAAAAAUCGAAAGAUUAACAUUGAAUUGACUGCUGGAGGCGGAGGAAAGAAUGAGUCACGGAUGAAUAAAAUUAAGGAGAAAAAUAAAAAAUGGACUGAAGAACGCAGGGAACGUGUUGCCAAUGAAGAAAAGAAGGCAAAGGAAGCUAGAGGAUCAAAAGAUGCUAUCGUUCAAGAAGGUGUGCAGUCCGGUAUUCAUCCUGAUCGUUUACACAUGUUAAAGUAA